CGUACUCCAAAAUGGCGGUGCCCUUGUUACAAUGGGGACUGUCGAUGAUCACUUGUUAGCCAACUUAUUGUGAAUAUCAGCGGAUUAACUCGACAGUUGUCUGUUUUGGGUGACUUGCUCUAUCGGCUUCAUGUUAAAGCCCAGUGCAGCAGGCCCAUCCUCUGUCGCCUCUCCUCAGCCAAUGAAGGACUCCAAGGAGAACCUCUCAAUGUCCAACCAAGGCAUGCUGGACCACAUCAAGCCAUGCUGGUACUGGGACAAGAAGGAUUUAGCCCACACCCCCUCUCAGUCUGAAGGUCUGGACCCUGGCACAGAGGCUCGGUAUCGGAGAGAAGGAGCCCGCUUCAUUUUUGACGUGGGGACCAGACUUGGCCUACACUAUGACACACUGGCGACUGGCAUCAUCUACUUCCACCGUUUCUACAUGUUUCACUCUUUUAAGCAGUUCCCCAGAUACGUGACAGGCGCUUGCUGUCUAUUCCUGGCGGGAAAAGUGGAGGAAACCCCAAAGAAGUGCAAAGACAUCAUCAAAACAGCCCGCAGCUUGUUGAAUGAUGUGCAGUUCGCCCAGUUUGGAGAUGAUCCCAAGGAAGAGGUGAUGGUGUUGGAGAGGAUUUUGCUGCAGACGAUCAAAUUUGACCUGCAGGUAGAGCACCCUUAUAUGUUCCUGCUGCGCUACGUCAAGCAGCUCAAAGGUGAAAAGAAUAAAGUGUGCAAGGUGCUGCAGAUGGCAUGGACCUUUGUCAACGACAGCCUGUGCACCAUGCUGUCCCUGCAGUGGGAGCCAGAGAUUAUUGCCGUAGCUGUCAUGUACUUGGCGGGCCGUCUCUGUAAGUUUGAGAUCCAGGAAUGGACAGCAAAGCAGUCGUCUCGCCGCUGGUGGGAGCAGUUUGUCCAGGAUGUCCCAGUGGAGCUGCUUGAAGACAUUUGCCACCAGAUCCUGGACCUGUACUCCCAGGGGAACAAACCCAUCCCUCAGCAGAUCCAAGAGAAGGAGCGGGCCUCGGUUCCUCCGGUCCCUGCUCCCUCAGUCCCACCGGGACAACCGCCAGCCGCCAACCCUCCUCCCCCACCACCAAAGAAGACUUCUCCUCAGGGGGGCAGCCCUGCACGCCAGCUCAAACGCUCACAUACAUCUCCUAAAGAUGAACCAAAAGCUCCAGAACAAGUUGGGUCGAAGAUUCCCAGACUUGAGAGCCCCAUGCCUCCUCUGCCUACAUCACAGCCUCCACCAGAACGCAAACCUGUAGCUCCAGCCCCUCCGGCAGAAGCAGAACCAGGAAGUGAAACAGCUCCUCCUCCCCCACAUGCCCCGCCACCACAUCAGCCUCCUCCCUUACCCCAUCGUCCUCCUCCACCUCCACCUUCCAACUACCUCAUGUCCACCAGCAGCUCCUACAUGUCUGGGGAAGGUUUCCAGAGCCUGCAGUCCAUGAUGAAGACAGAGGGGCCCUCCUACGCUCCCAUGCCUCCUAACUAUGCUCCUCCACUACCGCCGUACCACGUCUACCCACCGCCUGCAGCACCCCCUCCAGGCCCUCCACCUCCUCCCUCUUCAUACCCUCCACCAAGCUUACCACCGACGUAUCCGCCACCGGGCUACAACAACUACCCCCCGCCACCACCUCCACGCAUGCCCCCAGGACACGUACCCCCUCCAGGUAUCGGUCUACCACCUACUGGGUACCCACCUCCUCCUCCUGUGCCUCCAGGACAGUCACAGGUGCCCCUUCCCCCUCCGCCUGGCAUGCCUCUGAACCGUGGGGGGUGGAUGAGAUGAAAGAGUGACAACAGAGUAUGAACUGAGUCUGUGCAGCUGUAGUGAAAGAACCUGAAGCUGAAAAAGGAUGGCCUGAUCAACUCCAGUCAGACUUUUGUUGUCUUCAAGAAGACUUCACGACAAAGAUCUGAGAGUGAAAGUGAAGUCUGGACACGUCUCACCCGGUCAGGUUCUCAUAACCUCUAGUGUGGAGGUGUUGUGAGAACCUGACCUGAUGAAAAUCCUGUAAUAUUUUUAAAUAAACAGUUCGAACGUGUA